AAAAAAAAAAAAAAAUAUGGUAUUGGCAAGUUUACUUCGAACGAGUUUGUUAAAGUCAAUAAGACCUAUAUCCACACUACUAAGAACUUCUUUGAUAGUUAAACCAUUUUCUGUAACACCAGUGUCUCGUGUUGCACUUACGCGUCCAAAUCCUAGUCUACUCAUUUCUCGUGGGUUUACCGCGACAAGUUUUCGGUUAAAUGCUGUACCUGCUCCAAAAGAUACCCAAACUGAUAAAGAAUUGGCUGUUAAAUUGGGGGAAGAAUUGAAUUAUGAAAAUGAAAUCACUGAAAAAGAACCAGAAUUCGUGAAAACUUUCUUGUCACAAAAUCCAUUUAAAAUUGAAGACAAACCGGGUGUAAAUGAAGUUGUACUUUCGAGAGUUUUUGGAAAUGAAAAGAUUCGUUUAAUUUUCGAUAUCAAUAUCCUAGAUCAGCAAUCAACACAAUUUUCAACAGAUGAGGAUGAAGAAACUGAAGUAAUAGAGGAGGAAGAGGAUGAAGAUACCGAACCAUCAUCGCCUAUCAGAUGUUCUAUCAAUAUUGAAAAGAAUGGAAAAGGUGCAUUGGCGUUUGAAGUAAUGCUUGUCGAUGGUGUAUUCCUUAUAAGUUACGUGGCGCAUUAUAGUGACGCGAAAUUAGCAAACGAUUUGACAGUUGAAGCGGACUGGAUGAGAAGAGGUUUUUACCCUGGACCACAAUUCGAGACGUUGGAUAAUGAUGUUCAAGCUCUUUUUGAAAAAUUUUUAGAGGAGCGUGGCAUUAACACUGCUGUCGCUAUGUUUAUUCCAAAUUAUGUCGAAUUUAAAGAACAAAAAGAAUAUAUUUCAUGGCUCGAAAAUGUAAAAAAAUUUGUCGAAUCCCCAUAAUUAAAUAUUUAUAAUUUUAGAUAUCCUGUAAUACUAUUGAAACCAUCUAAAUAAUAAAUAUCUCACAUUUGGUGACACAUUU